CCUCCCUUCCCAAAUAACCAGCUCUAAACAGGCAGACGCAUGGAUUCUGCAACGGAGCUCGGAGAAUGGAUUAAUGGCGACGAGAGCGCGAAAGAAAUGCUUGAAAGGAUCUUAACAGAGCGCCCUCUAUUGCUUCUCCCUCCUCUCCAUCGUGUUCCUCUCCGUGUCGGUAACGUGGUUGAGAUCGUCGGUCCUUCUCCUUCCGCCAAAACCCAGAUCCUCGUCCAGGCUGCAAUCAGUUGUGUUCUUCCCAGAGAGUGGAAUGGAGUGUAUUAUGGUGGCUUAGAGCGUUUAGUAAUCUACUUUGAUUUGGAUUGUCGCUUUGACAUUCUACGUCUCUCGGAAUCACUAAAGUUGCACAUAAUGGAAGCUAAUAGAUCAAGCAAUGUGAACAAUCAAGGCCCAAACGAGGAUUUCAAUUUCAAUGAGGAACUAUUUGUAUCUUGCAUGAAGCGUUUCUUGUAUGUCCGUUGUUACAACAGUUUUGAAUUUUUAGCUUCUCUUAAGACAUUGCAUUGUCAACUUCAAAAGGAAUGUGAAGCACAUGGUGUUGGUGUUCAUAUCCUUAUGAUUGACAGCAUUAGUGCAUUCUAUUGGGUGGAUCGAGCUUCUGCAAUGCUGUCAAUUGGAGGUGAUAAAAGGAAAAGUAUCUCUCUUCAAAGUGUGGCAGAAACUGUUGUUCAGGAAAUUCAGAAGCUUCUAGAGGUGCAACCAAUGCUUGUUUUAGCUUCAAAAGCUACCAUAUUUGGGGAUGGAUCUCUCUCAAGUGAGGCCAAAAGAAAAUGGUCUUCCCAAGAUACCUCAGAUUUAAAAACCUCCAGAAUGGAUCCGCAGAAAUAUUCUUAUCGUGAUUAUAUGCCUUCAGUGUGGCAGUCAUUUAUUACACACAGGGUACUUGUAAGAGUCUCAGAUGAAGAUCUUGCUAACAGCAAACAUCAAAUUACGCCAAUCUAUGAGACUGAGUGGUUGCUGCCACCUCUGAGUUUCUUGGACAAAUUUACUGUGAAAGAUGCUGGCAUCUUCAUGAUUGCAUGAAGGUGCAUUUGCAGUAGCAAGGAAUUGGGUUUUGCGGCUUGCCAGCUGAUCUCUCCCAUUAUAUCAGGAUUGCUCCAGAGAUGUACUGGCCCAAACUCGGAGCAGAGACAAGGAGGGUUCUGUAAUCUUGGGGGUUGGCCUCUGUUUUCCAGCCCAAUGGAGGCCAAUCGCUUUCCACAAGUUGCAUUAGAUUCAUCCAU